UCGUUAAUUUUUUUCUUGCCGUGUGUGUGUUGUACGAAAGUGACGAAUUAGUUUUUAAUUGACAAAAUUUUUCAAUCUAUGAAAAUUCCUGCAGCAUUUUUGCUAAAUAAAAAACUCGAAAUUUGUUAAAGCUAAUAUCGAAGUAAAUUGGGAAAAUAAUUCAUUACAAAACCUUUAAAAAGCUCAACAAAAAUGGCAGAAGGAGGCAAUAGCAAACGCAUCGUUGUCAACGUAAAAACACCGAAGGAGAAGAAAACAAUCGAGGUGGAUGAAGAUUCUGGAAUUAAGGACUUCAAACAACUUGUGGCGCAGAAAUUCGACUCUGAACCCGAACAGCUAGUACUGAUUUUUGCUGGCAAAAUUAUGAAGGACACCGAUACCUUAAAGACUCACAACAUUAAGGAUGGCCUAACGGUUCACCUGGUCAUCAAAGCACCCACACGAGCAGCAGAACCUGCCGCACGACCAGCUGCUGAUAUACGUCAAACACCAUUCGGUCUUAACCAAUUGGGCGGAUUAGCUGGUAUGGAGGCUUUGGGUGCGGGUACCGGCUCCUUUAUGGAUUUGCAAGCUCGCAUGCAAAGUGAAUUGUUAAAUAACGGUGACAUGUUACGCUCAGUACUAGAUAACCCUCUGGUACAACAAAUGAUGAAUAAUCCGGAAAUUAUGCGCAGUCUCUUCACCUCGAAUCCACAAAUGCAGGAUUUAAUGCAGCGCAAUCCUGAAAUAUCCCAUAUGCUAAACAAUCCCGAAUUGCUACGUCAAACUAUGGAGCUGGCGCGUAAUCCCUCCAUGUUGCAAGAGCUUAUGCGUUCACAUGAUAGGGCAAUGUCGAACUUAGAAUCGGUGCCUGGUGGUUAUAAUGCGCUUCAACGCAUUUAUCGCGAUAUACAGGAGCCAAUGUUAAAUGCGGCAAGCGAUUCGUUUACACGCAAUCCUUUCUCCGGUCUAAUGGACAGUUCUGGUGGUGGCUUAAAUCCGCAGCAAGGUACCGAAAAUCGUCAACCUCUACCAAAUCCAUGGGGCGGUAGCGGCAAUGCUAGUGGCACAGCUGGUACUGGUGGUGCUGCGUCUGGCGGGAAUCCAGAUAUGCCGCCACGUGGUGUGCUCAACACGCCCGCCAUGCAAAGUUUAAUGCAACAAAUGUCUGAAAAUCCAUCGUUAAUGCAAAAUCUCUUAAAUGCACCCUACACGCGCUCCAUGAUGGACGCUAUGUCACAGGAUCCAGAUAUGGCAUCACGCUUGCUAAGCACCAGCCCACUACUGGCUAAUAACCCACAACUACAGGAUCAGAUGCGCCAAAUGAUGCCGCAGUUCCUCAAUCAAAUGCAAAAUCCCGAAGUACAGAAUAUGUUGACCAAUCCCGAUGCACUAAAUGCAAUUAUGCAAAUUCAACAAGGUAUGGAGCAAUUGCGUUCGGCGGCGCCCGGUCUGGUCGAUUCGCUGGGUAUACCACCACCGCCACCUGGCAAUACAGAGAGUUCCACAGGUACAACAACCUCAACUACGAACACCACCAGUGGUGGUGGCGACACCAAUCGUCCGGCUACAGCACCAGGCGGAGGACCGAAUGCUCAACUCUUCAACGACUUUGUCUCGCGCAUGUUGAACGGCAUCGGUAUGCAGGCGGACAAUACACAGCCGCCUGAGGUACGCUACCAAUCACAGCUCGAGCAACUAGCGGCAAUGGGCUUCGCCAAUCGGGAGGCCAACUUGCAAGCGCUAAUUGCUACUUUUGGCGACAUCAAUGCUGCUGUGGAGCGGUUAUUGGCACUAAACCAAUUAUCCUUAAGUUAACAUCCUUAAAUUGAAAUUGUUUAAUAAUAAUAAAAACACGAAAUCAACAAAAAACAAUUGAUGUUGCUGCUGCUAACUAGUUGGCCUAGAGACAAACCCCUUCGCUUUACUUAAAAAAAAAACAAAAAUAGCUAAGUGAAUUACUACUAUACUGUCCCAACAAAUUGAACAAAUGAAAAAUGUGAAAUUCAGAAAAAAAAUUAUUAAUUCUUUUGCUUGGGGCCGCGGCGUUAUUUCGUGAAAUUACAUCAAAAAAGGUAUACCAAAACUAAAAGCGACACUAAAGUAAACGAAGAAAGUAUGAAAUAAGUGGGUAUAGAAGAAAAAAAAUUAAAUUAAAUUAAAAUAGAAGCAAGUAAGGCAAACAAAAAAUAAAGUAAUUUACAUAUAAUUUUUACUCAACUUUGGUAAAUUACGUUUUCAAGGCGUUUAAUAAUCAAAUUCAUAUUUAUAUUGAAAUAAAAUUUUAACGCUAAACUUGCAUGAACACAAAUAAAUACACUAAAUAAAAAGUUAUUGAUAUGUUUUUAGGAAUUUAAUUCGAAAAAAAGAAAUAAAACAAAGAAUUGAUGAAAAUUAUAUGAUAAAAAUUUGUUUAAAUUAUAAAAAAAAAUAUAAAAUAAUAUCAAUGAGUCUUUUGAAUUCAUCAGAAAAAUUUUUGAAAAUAAAAAAUAUUUCUACAUUAUUUAAAAUAAUUAUUUAUUAACAAGAAACAAAUAUUGAAAAUAAAAAAUAAAUUUUAAAUUUUUACAUAAAGAUAUUUUAUGAAUUUGACUAUUAAACCAACAUAGUGUAAAAAGGCAUUAAAUAAUUACGUUACAUUAAUAUUCCAGGCUUUACUUAUUCCAAUACUUAACAACAUUUUCCCCAAACCCUUAAUUAUUAUUAUUACAAGUGCGCUAUGCAAAUACAUAUGUAUGCUAUGGGUGCAUUUUCAUGAAAGUAUACAUUUUUAUUUUAACAAUUCCGGGUAAACGCUAAUGCGUACAAAUUACCCAAAUAAUGUUUAUAAAAAUAAGUAGUUGAACAAAUUUAUUUCGGCAUAAGAAUAAAAAAAAAAAAAAAAAAAAUUUAAUUCAGGUCCAAAAGAGGAAAUGCGGUCAGCAUAUAGAAAGGCUGGCGAACUACAUACACAACUAUGUACAACUACUACUAUUGUAUGAAACAAAUUUUAUGCUACACAAAAAGUACACGUUUCGUCGUUUGAUUAAUUCUUAUUAUUUAAGAAUGUUAUUGUGUAUUUUAUGUUUUUCAAUAAUUAUUAACUAACUAUGUAUAUCAAAUAUCUACUAUUAUUAGCUUACAAAAUUACAUAGCUACAUACAUACAUCUAUGUAGUAUGCGUAUAUAGUGCAUAUACAUAUAAAGCGGGCAUAUACACCUACAUGCAAGUUUAUAAUUAAAAAAAAAAAAAUACAAUAAACAAGUGGAAUAUGAAUGAAGGCAAGAAUUUUCACUAAACAA